UCUGCUACGCUCCUUGCUUGCUCGUGCGCACUGUUGAGGUAGAGGAGGGCGUACACCGUGCUGAAACUUAUCUUCUAUUACAUCGCUAACUAUUGUUUAUCGUGCUUUCCCUCCAAUUUCUACAUGUUGUCGUGACCGUUUUUUUACGAUUUAUACUAAGCCUUUGAUUGCUGACAAAACCCAAAGAAUGGGUUUUUUUGACAUAAAGUACCUUAAACAAGAACAUCUCAAUGGAUUCGACAAUUACAAGUACAGUGCAGUGGACAACAGCCCCCUGAGCCAAUGGGUUAUGCACCCGUUUUGGAAUGCGUGUGUCAAAAUUUGCCCAGAAUGGGUUGCCCCCAACCUCCUGACGUUUGUUGGCUUUUUGUUUACUGCUGGCAAUUGGGUAAUGCUUGGCUAUUAUGAUUAUUAUUACUAUGCCUCAUCAGAAGGUCAUUCUCAUAUACCCAAUUGGGUUUGGUUAGUGUGUGCCAUCAAUCACUUUCUUGCCCAUACCCUAGAUGGAAUUGAUGGCAAGCAAGCGAGAAGGACUCAAAGCAGUAAUCCUUUAGGAGAAUUAUUUGAUCAUGGAUUGGAUUCUUGGACAUCCUUCUUUAUACCUGCUGUUUUGUAUUCUGUGUUUGGAAGAGUGGAACAUAGCAUAUCAGUUCUCAGACUGUAUUUUUGCCUAAUCAACGUUCUCUUUACCUUCUUAUCUUCACACUGGGAAAAGUACAAUACCGGCGUUUUAUUUUUACCUUGGGGCUAUGACGUCUCUCAACUGUGCACCUUGAUCAUUUAUUUGAUAACAUUUACCGCUGGUUACGAGUUUUGGAAAUUCACGUUACCAGGUGGUAUCACUGCUGGUGCAUUGUUUGAACUUAUGAUGUGGGGAGGUUCACUGUUAACUAGUCUGCCAGUUUCUUUCUACAACAUGUAUAGGGCUUAUCGCGAUGGAACAGGUAAAAAUCGCAGCUUCUUGGAAGGCAACCGUCCACUCGUCUCUCCGCUCCUGUUUUUCACUAUGACUACUACGUGGGUUCUGGCAUCACCUACAAAUAUUUUAGAGAUCGACCCGCGCUGCUUCACCUUUAUGGUUGGCAUUGUGUUUUCCAACAUUUGCUGCCAACUGAUUGUUGCCCAGAUGAGUAACACCCGCUGCGAGCUGUUCAGCUGGUUGUUGUUGCCCGUGGGAGCCAUUGUUGCGGCCGCCCUCAUGCUGCCCAGUUCUUUACAUCUUGAGCUGCCUCUACUCUACGGUUUAACGGCCUUCACUUUCUUUGCUCACGUGCAUUAUGGUGUUUGCCUUGUACGCCAAAUGUGCAGACAUCUCAAUAUUUGGUGCUUCCGUUUGAAGCAGCGGAAAGAUUGACUUUUAGCCGACAGUGCUUGCUAGUCUCUGCUUCUAUUUGACCCACUCUACGCGGUAUGAGAAACAAACGACAUUUUCAUUAUGAAAACAGAAACGCCGCCAGUUUUUAUAGGUUGUGCAUCCUAUUCGCGAAUUAGAGAGAAAAAAACAAAACAGUCUAUGUGUUUUACUGGGUUCCAAUCGAUUUUGUUUAUCAUCGGUGCAAUUAGUUAAAGGAAGAAAAUGAGAGGAGAGAUCCUUUUGGGUUCCAUUCGCCAGGUAUGGAAUUAUGAUACAUAUAGAUUGCUAUAGGGUAGUUUGGGUUCUUUUGAGCAGAUAUUUUUCUAAUCAGCAAGUGCUGUCCCUCGGACGCAUAAAUUCCAAGUAAUAAAUUGGCAUAGUUUUUUUUUUUUUUUUUGCAAACGCACGCGCGUUUCCGGUUUAACGCUGUGUCCCUUUUCUUUUCUUUGUAACACUUAGUCACGUGACGUAUCACCUUGUCCAUUACCACCAACCAUUCUUUCCCCGCAUCAGCACCCCCACACACACAUUUUCUGUUGUUUUUCGCCAUCCAAUGAAAAAUCAUUUCAUAAUUUGUGUGUCUUGUCUAUCCAAGUCUGUGUCUGUAAAGUCCUAGUGCAGUAAUCAAUUUUUGUUAUUAAAAAAACAAAACAAACAAAGUGAAACAUU